AAUUUAUUUUUCUGGUUUAUAUAUUGUCAAAAAAAAAAAAUUGAUUUCUAUUUAAUUUGUGUCCUCUCCUCCAUAGACCAAACCAGCCUCAGCUUGCUAGUGGAGUACUAGUGUAGUGCUUCAAGAAAGAAGAAUAACAAAAGCUCUCUCUCUCUCUUAUCCCAUUCCUUCAAAGUGGAAAGCACUAUACAGCUAUAUCUAAGCUUGGAGAUCAUAGUCAAGUUCAGCAUUAUGCUAUUGGAUCAUGACAUUGACUGUUGCCCCAUCUAUAUAUCCACAAUGGAAGAUCAACACCAAAGGGAGUUACACUUCCUCCCCACCACCACUCAACCCCCCUCCGCUGCCGCCGCAGCUUCGACGUCCAACACUCAAUCCUGGCCGUCCGACUCGGCGGUCCAAAAAUCCCGGCCGUCCACCGACGCAUUCGAGGGCCCCUCAUUAGACCUGCAGUUGUCCAUAAGCGUUAGACCGUUGAAACCCCCUCCCGACCGGGCCUACAAGGACGCGGCGAAAUUCGACGCCGGGUACGUGGAGGCGCUGCGGUGGCAGGCGGCGGAGCAAAUCCGGCUGGCGGCGAUGGAGAAGGCGUACGCGGAGCGCGUGAGGGAGCUGACGAGGCGGGAGAUCGAGAUGGCGCAGUCGGAAUUCGCGCGUGCGCGGAGCAUGUGGGAAAGGGCGCGUGAGGAAGUUAAGAAGGCUGAGCAGCUGAAAGAGAGAGCGACGAGGAGGAUCGAUUCUACGUGCAUGGAAAUUACUUGCCAUUCUUGCUGCCAAAAAUUCCGACCAACUUCAUAAACUAAGAAAUUUAUAAAAUAAAAUAAAAAAGUUAAAAAAAGUAAAAAUGGAGAAACUAAAUAUUGAAAAAAAUAAUCUGAAAAAUGAAUUUUCGAUCUAUUUAUUUCCUAUUAUAGUUUUUUGGAGAAUAAUAUAUGAUCUGAGUGUUUAAUUUGGUCCUUUUUUUUGUAAUAUUUAAGUGAUGAAUUGUUUUUAAUUUUCUCGAGAGUAUAUAUGAUGGGACACGGCUGAGACGGGAAUCAUACAUAAGUUUAGUGUGUGAAAGAGAGCAUAUAUAUAUAGCUUACCACCAAGCUGAAUCCCAUCUAUUUGAUAAAUUGUACACUAGCUAUAUGAAAAGUUUAAACUAAUUUUAACAUUUUUUUGUCAGUUUCUUGAAAAUAAUACAAGUGGGUGAUUUAUUAUUUA